UAAGACUGAAGUAUACUCUGUCUCUCGUAGUCAGUGACAUCGAUCUCUGACAUGAUGAGGAGUUCCAUUUCCAGCUACUUUCCACUGGCUGCAGUUGUGAUCAUGCUUCUAGUACUGACAGCCACGGAGGCUGAAGGCAUCCGGCUAGACGCAGAGACUCGGGCGUCAGUCAGCAGCAGCGGUGGCAGCAACCCGGUGCUCAAUAAACCAAUCGAUGAUGCGGUCAAGGGUUCCACUGGAUCAGCGAGCGAGACGACAGGGAGCGCUGAUACUGCAAGCGAAGGUAGGGCAGUGCCUCAUGGGUUGCCGGAGUUCCAGGAAGACUAUUAUGUUCCAAGCGUUCACAGCCCUAGGCACCACUGACAAAAAAAAUUGAAAAACUGGAGUAGCUAGUUGGUUUAGUCACAGAGGAUGUAUAUAUACCAUCUCUCAUGAGGUUAGAUGACAUCAGUUCCACUUGUGCAUCUCUAUAAGCUGGAGAAGACACAGUUUUGGUGUACUAAUUAACUUAUUAUUGACAAAUGACAAUAUUUUACGGAUUCACUAAA